GAAGACCAAAUGUAGAUUAGCUUCCUUUUUUUUCGGAGAAAAGUGUAAAUCUGUACUCAUAUAAAUUCUCGAAAGAAAGAAAAAGAAGAAAAAAUUGAAUUACUUUGACUUCGCUAUGGUCCCGCGAACGUGGACUAUUAUAGCCACUUUAUUACGAGUUAAAAUACGCGUUCAAAUGUACACGCAGUCGGCAUCAACGAAGGAGCAAUUGAUGAACGACUGGGAGAAUCAAGUAACGUUUUCGUUCUAUCUUAGUGUAUGUUUUAUAGUCGACUCUCAGACUUCGUGUAUACUCGAAUCAACUUAGGACAAAAGAAAUGUAAUGUAUAAUGGAAAGUGAUGGGAAAAGAUGCAAAAUAUUAUGGGGGAAGCAUUAAAAAUAAAGAAAAAAAAGAAAAAGAGAGGGAUAAGAUUCAGAGUUAAGCACGUUUGUUCUCAUAUAAUUAUACAUUAAUAAUUUUUGUAUUUUUGUCAAAUAUUAACCGAGCGAGAGAUAAUGCACGAUAUAUGCAUUACUCAACUAUUGCUAUUAUAUGAUUAAUAAUAAUAAUAAUAGCUACUACUGUGUAUAAAUAUGGAUAUAUAAGAAUAAAUGUAUUAAAGAAGUCUGGCGAUUUACAUAUCCGUGGUGCAAAUGUUUGUAUUAUGUUCCCGUACGUUUAACGUGUUCCUCAAUUUCUUUAAAACAACUUUAUUCCAAUGACACAAAAUUUCUUUACUUAUAAAUUGCAGUAAAAAUUACUUUAUCUGCGAAAUAUCUAUUGUGCUUAUUUUGAAAUUCGCGGUCCGCUCGAAUCGAUUGAUCGAUUCAAGGAUGAAGAGUUUGAACAUGGCUGAAAGUCGAAGAAGCGUUGGAGGAUAUAACCUUGCGAAAUAAAAAUGGAAGGAAUUGUCGAUACAAGUGAUUAAUAUUGUUAAUAAAUUAAUAUCUUUUGGGAAAAGUGGAGAAAGUUGGAACAACUCAAACGAUGGCUGUUAAAACAAUCGAGGAGAAAGAUAGGGAAAUUAGGAGUAAGAAGUCGCUGACUAAAGAAGUUACGCGAUGAGCGCGUUUACGAUCGAUUUGUUAAUUUAAAAUUUAAUCUUGAAUAGUGGAAACGAAAAAAAGUAGCGUGUUUUCGGUUUUAUUUGAUUUGAUUUUCUUUGUGACUUUAUAUACAUUUCUUGCGAAUAUAUGCAGUUUUAAGCUACACGCACAAAUAACAUCGUGUAGUUAAUAGAAAAAAGGUUUGUAUCUCUUGAAAUGCUUUUGUGAAAUAUUGCAAAACAUUACGCAUACAUCGAUGACAGAAGUACAAAUCAGUAACGUCGAGGCUGGCACAUCGCGGAAGAUGGCUACAACAUGGCAUCAACAGGUGUUUGCACUCGAUGCAAAGUAUAAUACACUACGGGCUAAUAAGCUCCCCAAUCUGGGUAUGUUGUACAUUCGUCGAAGAAAUCAACUGCUUCGGGAGAAAUUUUCUACUGACCCAGAGAUUGGCGCACGAUAUUUGAAAUUACGAUCAGAACUAUUACGGCGACGUUAUGGAGAAAGGUUGGAGCAAAACAGUAUGGGAAGUCGUACUAUAAGUGAAGAAUCGUCGGAAAAUAGAACGAGACAUCAGCACGUACAACGGAAAUCAACAGCAGAGAACUUUGCAUUCGCUGGAGUCCAUCAUGUUUUCGAUCAGCACAAGGCGGCUAUAACAAUGCUCAAGUUUGCCAAUAAUGAUAGAUCCAAAUUAUGUUGCGCAUCGCUGGACGGUACAUUGUCAAUAUGUGAAGUCGUUAGCACACCUCCGAAGGUGAUUGCUCUUUUGGAGGGUCAUCGUAAUGGUGUAACUGCACUUGAUUGGAGUAUCAGCAACGAUCUGAUUGUUUCUUCCUCUUUGGACGCGACAAUAAGGCUGUGGAGAAUAUGCACGGAUGUAGAUCCGGUUUGUUUGCGAGUAGUGGACGAUCAACAGCGAGCGGAAGUCCUCUGCUGCAAUUUCAUACCUGCCAAUAAUAAUUUAAUAGUAGCUGGCAAUUCUCAAGGAUUGAUCCAGAUCUUGAAUGUAUCUACCGGCAUAUAUACGCGCGGUGGAUCCUGCAAAAUUGGCGGAAAGAUUCUUUCCUUGGCAUGCGAGGGUAGCGGUGGUUCGGUGAUCUGGGCAGGCAAUGACAGAGGCGUUAUAGUGGCUUUUCGACUAGAAACUGGCAUAGGACGAUUGACCAAAUUGCGAAGAGUGCAGGAGAUUGGUGGAAUGAUAACCAGUCUUUCCUGGCGUUCUUGGCUAUCAAAGGAUGCUCCUUGGGCUGCUCUGUUAAUAAGCAGCGCGUGCAACGCUGUACUAUUAUAUCGUGUUGCAAAUAAUCACGGUUCUUUAUACUUUUGGAGAAAGUAUCCUAUCAAACAUAGACUAUAUCCCUUGAGGUCUACUUUCUGUCCACAAAUGGGUGCAUGCUUAAUAGCCACGGGAUCGGAAGCUGGUGCCAUUCAUUUGUUAGAUUCAGCGAGAGAGGGAAAGGCCGCUAGGAUCAAUCGACUGCACGGCCAUGCAACACCUGCAUUAGCUUUAUCCUUUAAUUAUGACGAAUCUUUACUCGCCUCUGCAGAUCAUGAUGGAUUGAUUAUCCUAUGGCGUAAUCAUCAACGUAAUUUAUAAAAUAUUGUGAAGAAUUUCAUCAAACUAAAAAAAUUGCUCGCAUUCAGAUUC